AUGAACGGUACUGCUUCCGGUGCACCCACAAAGGUCACUCUUUCACUCGGCCAUCUUCCGAGUAAGAAGGACAUCAAAGCGCCAUGGCCACGAACACCAUCGCGGGUGGACCCCAACAACCCUCCUUGGCCGGCUUACCGUGGAUAUCACGAAUACUCUUUCGCCCAUGCCACCAUGGGCGUUCGUCUCCCAACAAUCUUGGGAAAGGGUAUCGAAGAUACAACUCGCACCCUAAACGAGCAGUCUUCCGAAGAGAAGAUCGUCGAUCUUGUCCAAUGCAUCGAACGCAUGGAGGUAUUGAUGACCGAUCUCAGUGGAAACGCGAAGCUCAGGCCUAUAAUCGACGAUGGGGAGGGUGACGUCGCUUUAUGGAACAAAGAGAUCGCCAAGUACUUCCAAGGAAAAGACUUCAUGAACGCGCCAUGGCUCUUUGCUGAGGCAUACAAGUAUCGUCGUCUCCACGAGUGCUUCAGUAUCAGCAAGUUCUGGUCCGACUACGACGUAUUCUACCGACAGAAGUGCGAUACUUUCUCGCGAUCAUCAGAUGCGGUCUUUGAGCUGUCCAUGCGCUUCGCUGAGCCUUUCAAGAUCUCAGAUAACCUCUCCGAUUCCGAAAAGCUUGAGGCUGAAAGACUCAUGUUCCUGGAACUUACGCAAGUGUGCCUGUGGGGCAACUCUACAGAUCUAUCGCUCUUGAUCAACAUGACCGAAGAUCAGAUCAAGGCACUCCAAUCAACUGGAGGUGAUCAUCUGGCUGCGACUGAAAAGAAUAUCCUCGGAAACCAUCUGAAUCAGCUGUGGGAGACCGUAAAGGACCUCCGUGGAAAGACAGGUGGACGAAUUGACUUCGUUCUGGACAACGCGGGAUUCGAGCUGUACUGUGAUUGCGUAUAUGCCGAUUUCCUAUUGCAGAGUGGCCUGGCCAAGCAGAUAAGGUUCCACGGCAAGCGCUACCCAUGGUUUGUCUCAGACGUCACCAGGAAAGACUGGGAGUGGUUGUUGAACACCAUGGUGUACGGUCAACUGUUCCCCAAAGCCUCUGACGCCGAAAUAGAAUCCCUCAGAAGGCUUGGUGCGCGUUGGAAGCAAUACGAGAAAGAAGGCAAAUGGGUGUACGAACAACACCCUUUCUGGUGCACAGGAUACACGUUCUGGGAGCUCCACACCGAAGCCCCCGAUCUCUUCCUCCACCUCUCGCGCUCCGAUCUCGUGUACUUCAAAGGAGAUCUCAACCAUCGCAAGCUCACUUACGAUUGUGCAGCCCCUGCUAGCACCCCCUUCGAUGUUGCCAUUGGCCCUAUGGCUAGCUCUGCCGGCGCACCUAAGAUUGCCAGCCUGCGUACCAUCAAGAGUGAUGUAGUCGUCGGCUUUGGUGAGAAGGGUGACGAAAUCGCAGAAAAAUUAGACGAGAGCGAACCGGGCUGGAAGAUCAGUGGCAAAUACGCUGUUGUUCUUUUGUCCGAGGGCCGACCCGGUGAAAAGGUCCGCUUCGCGUGA